AAUGAGCAAACACAAAUUGGAACGCAGUGCAGAAAAUUGGGCAUGAUUAUUGAGCAGAAUUUUUUUAAAAUAAAAACACAUCAAACUUUUAGGAUAAGAACUUCGGAAGAACAUGCAAAAAGGAGUCGAACGCAUUGAUUGGAAUUAUUUUGUGUAACUUUUACACGGGAAUGUGGAAUGCUGACAUAUAAAUAAACGGCAUAUAACGUUAAUUACUGUUACUCGAUUCCAGCUAACCAGUACAUAUCUUGUUGUUACGCAAGCCUAGCAACAAAAAAAAUAGAAUUGUCAAUAACAUGACAUCAUGUGAUGACACAACAAAGAGGAGAAUUAAAAAGACGUAAUGGACAUUUUAUUUCUCAGUUUGUUAACUUUUAUUGUGGUGCACUAUGAAAGCUCUGUGGUCGACUGUAGAAAGUCCUCUAGUGAGCUGUGCUUUCCAAUCAUCGGAGACAUUGGUGGCGUUCCACACCCUCCGUACCAGACGCCUUCGCAAAAAAAAGUUGCAAAUCUUCUCGGAAAGGUAACAGCAAAGUUGAAUUGCAAAUUCAUUGUUGGAGUCGGUGAUAACUUUUAUUUUACUGGUGUUAAAAACGUGAACGAUCCUCGUUUUCUUUUAACAUUUGAACGCACUUACUCAGAUCCUUCACUGAAUAUACCUUGGUAUAUGAUUGCUGGGAACCAUGACCACGCGCAGAAUAUUUCCGCUCAAAUCGAAUACACCAAAGUAUCAACCCGUUGGAAAUAUCCAGAUUAUUAUUAUUCAGUUGUUUAUCCCAUCCCAGACUCCAACAAAACGGUGGAAAUUGUAAUGAUAGAUACAACCAUGUUAUGUUGGUAUAACAAAAAAAGCGGUUCUCCACCACCGGAGGUGCAAUAUAAAUGGAUAGAAAACAAAUUAAAAGAUUCAAGGGCAGAUUACUUGAUUGUUGCUGGACAUCAUCCUGUACUUUCUGCCGGUACCCAUGGAAACACACCAUGUUUAAUAGAAAAACUAAAACCGUUGUUUGAAAAAUAUGACGUAACUGCAUAUUUUAGUGGACACGACCAUAAUCUGCAGCAUAUCAAAGAAAAAGAUUCAUCUGUUCACUAUUUUAUCAGUGGGAGCGGUAACUUUGUUGACUCACGAAUGACCAGUAAAAAUAAACUUUCGCCUUCCUCACUCAAGUUUGAGCAUGGUUUGUUUGGAGGUUUUAUUUUAGCGCGUGUGAACAAGGAUUUUAUGGAAUUGCAUUACACAAACACUGAACCAAAGAAACUUUAUCAGCUUAAAAUUAAACCUAGAUUACGUAAAAACUUUAAAGAAUACUACGAAAAAAUCAACCCUGCUAAAAUAAAGUUUAAAAUGCCUUCGUUGACACAAAAGUUAGUUGGAAAUCCGUCUCAAGCUGUCGCUAAUACGCCACGUAAACCACCUUCAAUGUUUCAAUCGAACAUCGAUCACCAACUGAAAAAGGUACCAUUAUUAAGCUAUAAAUACACACAUAAACACUCAAACACUAAUAAUUCACAGAACACAAACAUUAACCGUACUAACAAGCAACAUAAAAAUAUAAAGAACACCAAACUAAAGAAAAACAUUACGGCGGAUUCCAACAAGUCUAACACGACGAAACUAAAUUACCGACAUUCAACGACUUUAUCACACGACAAUCAACCGACACUUUCAUAUACGAGAAGUUACUAUACGAGUUACCCAUACGCUAACGACGGCUCAUUGCAGAACAUACGCUCCUCAUAUACGUAUAAUCAACAGAGACAGUAUAAUCCCAACAUAUACAAUCCAUAUAGCAAUACAAUUCAACAGCAGUUAAGAACAGACACUACAUAUCAACAAACAUCACCACCACUCUUUCCUUUAACAAGCUAUACUUCUAAUUCUGACUUUUAUUACAAUAUGAUACAACCCAAAGGUAGUGAAAUUAACUAUUAUCCCAGAGUUUAUGCACCAACACGUUUCCAAGCUAAAAUAAAAAAGACGUAUUUAUAUAAAUCUCAGAAUGCAUUCUCGCAAUACCCACUGUUAGACAACCCAUCCGUGCUAUAUCACAAAUAUGUAGGAGAGAGUAGGAUGUACACAGAAAAAUCGAACUUAUCAAAUACUGUUUCAGCAAAUCUCUCUAAAAAUCCUGAAAAUGAUCUUCAAAAUCCUCUUAAAUUGUUAUCUGACUUUUAUGCCGUGCAAGGCGACUCGAAAAAGAAAAUUGACUCUGCGCAACGACUAUGGACCUUUUUAAGAUCAAACACUGCAAAAAACUCCUCAUAAAUCCAUACAUAAAAUACAUGAUGUGAAGCAUAACGCAAGAAAAUUUUCUGGUCGACCUGGAUUCUUGGUAGCCAUAUUAAGUCUGUAAAAAAUGAAGAUAAAGGCUUAUCACUGCAACACAUGGUUCCAGUAACAUAGACAAGUAAAAGAUGCAAACAGAUGGGAAUGAGUACUGACCAAACCAUUGUGCACAGAAGACGCUUCAGUACACGUUGAUUGCCAUAUCAUAGAUAAAAUAUGGUAGACUUUGCUUUUUCCUGGUUUGCUGGCAUAUUUUUAAGUAAAACCAAAUUGUAUUUUUUAGGUAAAAUGUA